AGCAGUCCCCACAAUAAUAUUCUCUCACAGGUUGAUCUUGAUGGAAUCAAUAAAUAAGGAGAAUCCAACGCAAAAGGAACCAUCAAACUGUUCCUAUGAUUAUAAGGGUUCUGAUGAUGUUGUUGGUCAUGAUUUGAUCUCGGUUGAUCGGAUUAGCAAUCUACCUGAGUCGAUCAUUUGUCACAUUCUCUCUUUUCUUCCAACUGAAACCGUUUUUGCAACCAGUUUUUUGUCCAAAAGUUGGAGGCAUCACUGGACUAAAGUAACCGAUUUUCAUUUCGACAAUCGGUUUUGGCAUAGUGGAAGGAGGGCUUCUUCCAAUGUGCGUGGUUAUGAUGUUCAAAAGAUGAAUUUUGUAGACUUCGUCCAUAUGAUUUUGCAGAAUCACAGUGAUGAAGUCUCCAUCAAUAGAUUUCGUCUCAGAACAGUUGACCUCCUCCCAUUGCGAUCAACUUCUCUUCACACAUGGGUCAACACUGCGAUAUCUCGAAAUGUUCGUGUUCUUGAUUUGGAGAUUUUCUUCGAAAACGUUGAAUAUAACUCUGCUGCAACUAAGUUUCAAUUACCUGAUGCACUUUACACUUGCGGUACACUAGAAGUUUUGAGAUUGAGUGGGCGGUAUAUUUGCGUCAAACUCAUUCGUGAGGUUUGUCUUCCGAAACUUACUGAUUUGCUUCUGAAUUUAGUUACAUAUGAAUCGGAUGAGGCUGUUUGUAACCUUAUAUCUGGUUGUUCGAUCCUCCAAUCUCUGAAGAUUAUAAGGUUUCACAAUGAUAACGUGGUAAGUUGUAAAAUUUCUUCACCUUCACUAAAACAUCUUGUGUAUGCGCAUAAGAAGUGCGGAAAUCACUGUGAAUUUGAUGAUGAACUUUAUUUGAAGCUGAUGAUUGACACUCCUGCACUUGAAUACCUUUCCUUAAGAGAUCUCGAGUCGAAGGAAAUAAUUCUCGUUCAAGCCUUAAAGUCUUUGAAUGAAGUGAAGGCCAACAUCCAUUCUAAUCCACCAGAAUUAGUAGUUGGGUUGGUUCAAGGUUUUCAUCAUGUGAAGAUUAUGAAAUUAUCAGUCCAAAUCAUGGUGUCUCUUAUGUAUGCAACCAAAAAAAUGUCUGUGAAUUUCGCGAGAUUAACGAGAUUGGAUAUCUCGAUCGAUUGUUGUGAUCAUUUGAGUUGUCUGAUGCAUUUGAUCGAUUGUUGCUCGGCAUUGGAGGUGCUCACCGUUAUGAAUUUCCGGAAUCGCCGACAAAUUCGCAACCGGAGUUGGAUGAAUCCUGUUACUGUUCCCGGAUGCUUUAGUUCUAGUCUUAGACAAGUUUAUUAUUGGGGAUUUGAAGGGCUUGAGGAUGAGAUGGCCAUGUUUGAUUUCAUUGCAAAUCAUGCUUUAGUGCUGAAAAAAUUAGAUAUCAUACACCCUCGUAACUCUGGUCCUCAUCCCAAACAAGAAUUUAGCUUACUCAAGCAGAUGUUCUCUGGAGUAGGAAAUCUUCUUCCAAUAGGCGGGAUGAAGUUUGUAGAGUUUGUUAACAUGGUUUUGCAGAAUCAGGGUGCUGGACUCUCCAUCCACAGGUUUCGUCUCGAACUAGAAAACUUAAAAUUCGAUUCUGAUUGUCUUCAUACAUGGCUUAACACUGCUAUUGCCCGAAAUCUUCGAGUCUUUGAUUUGGAUGUUGUCUCUAAUUAUUGUUCGUAUGCCGAUGAUAAAUAUGUGUCAGAGUUACCAGGUUCACUCUACACUUGUGGGACACUUGAAGUGUUGAAAUUGAGUCGGCCUGUGCUUAAGAGUCUUGCUUACAGACAUAAUGGAUGGCACAGUGGAUCGAAUGUUGAUCUUCAACAUGAGCUGAAAAUCGAUACACCUGCCCUCGAGUGUCUGUCACUCGUACAGAUGUGUCCCGAGUCAAAGGAGAUCAUAUCUCUGCAACCCUUAACUUCUCUGAAUAAAGUGAAUGUUAGGCUACAAGAAACGACUGUUGGCUUCAUUCAAGCUCUUGAAUGUGUGAAGUUUAUGAAAUUAUCAUUCGGAACCGUGGCUAAUUUUAGUGGAGACUCUAGGAAACUCUCAGCUAGGUUUGAGAGACUAACCGAGUUGGUUGUCGAGAUUGACCGCUCUGACCAAUUGAACUAUCUCAUGGAUUUGAUCGAGUUUUGUACUGCGUUAGAGAUACUGAGCAUCCGCACUUCCAAUGGACGAUUUGACGACGGGUGUUGUAGGGAACCUAUUAUUGUUCCCAGAUGCUUGCUUUCCAGUCUCUCAGAAGUUUAUUAUCGGGGAUUUGAAGGCCGAGAAAUAGAGAUGGCCAUGUUUAAGUUCAUUUCAAGUCAUGCUUUAGUGAUGAAAAGACUUGAUAUAUUCCCUUUUGGCUGGCUUGGUUAUCAUGAAAAAGAAAUUAGUUUACUAAAGGAGAUGUUCAAGUCCAAGGCGUCUCUCAUUCUUAACAUCUCAAGUUCUCAUUCUCUCAUUCUUAAGAUCUCUAGAUAUACAAUAGUUAGAUUGAUGUUUCUGGGAUUGUUAAGUUUUGUUGGGGAACACAAUGCAAAUGAACUUUCUAUCCGGAGACUUGAAGUGCAUUUUGGUUCCAACAGUGUAAAUGAAGUUCCUGUAGAAAACGCUGAGGCAUCCAGAACGCAGAGACUUAACUCAAUGGAAGGAAAGAACGGCGAGAAUGUCACCCAAAACCUGCAAAGGUUUGCUGAUGAUAGUGAUGUGAUACCAGUUGAUCGGAUUAGCGAUUUACCCGAAUCAAUCAUCUGCCACAUCCUCUCCUUUCUUACCACAAAACAGGUCCUAGCAACUAGGUUUUUGUCCAAAAGUUGGAGCCGUCAUUGGACUAAAGUCGCCGACUUUGAUUUUAGUGAUGGAUUGUGGUAUGAUGAAGACAGAUUUCCUUACAGGGGCCACAAGCGUCCUGAUGAUGUUCGCGGUAAGGGUUUCGAAGAAUAUGUUUCUAUGGUUUUGGUCAAUCACUGUGAUGAAAUCCCCAUCAAUGGGUUUCGCCUCUCUGUUCAUAACCCGAAAUUUCAUCUCCAUAUCAACCCAUGGGUCAGUGCUGCAAUAGCCCGACAAAUUCGAGUUCUUGAUUUGUGGUUGGAUUGGUAUCAUGUUGAUCCCUGGGAUUUGCAUAAGUUUCAGCUACCUGGUGAACUCUAUACUUGCGGUACAUUACAAGCUCUGAAAUUACGAGGAUCAGCUAUUAGCCUUAAAGUAAGUCGAUUGGUUUGUCUUCCAAAACUUAGAGAUUUGGAACUAAUAUGGAUUAGGUAUGACUCGGAUGAUUCUUUGAGCAACCUAAUCUCUGGUUCUCCAGUCCUCCAAUCUCUGAAAAUAGACAGGUUUCGGCCUGAUAACAUGGUGGUUUGUAGAAUAUCUUCCGCUUCAUUAAAACAUCUUGAGUACGCACAUUCUCGUUACGACUCUGCUAUUCGAUUCAGAGUGGAAAUUGAUACACCUGCACUCGAGUAUCUACGCUUUGAAGGUCUUGAGCAAAACGAAGUAUUUUCUUUCCAAAGGUUGACAUCUCUGAAUGAAUUAAAUCUCGAAUCCCUUCUUUUUCCACACGAAUCGGUUGUUGGGAUCAUUCCAGCUUUUGAUCGCGUGAAGACUAUGAAAAUAUCAAGCAGAGCUAUAUCAACUCUUUUUGGAGCCACCCCUAACAAACCGUUGGCAAGAUUUCAGAGACUGGCCAGUUUGCUCAUCAACGUUGACUUCGAAGAUGAAUUGAGUUGUGUGACGGAGUUGAUUCACUGUUGUCCCGCAUUAGAGGUCCUCUUCAUUGUGAACUGCAGAAUUGACGAACAAAUUCACAACAGUUGGAGAGAUCCUGACACUGUUCCCGAAUGCUUGGUAUCCAGUCUCACGCAUUUUACUCUUGUGGGAUUUCAAGGCCUUGAAGUAGAGAUGGAUAUGUUGAAGUUUAUUUCAAAUCAUGCUCUGUUGCUGAAAGAAGUUGAUGUAAUACACUCAGCAACAAUUGAUGUAAUACAGUCUCCUGACUUGGGCCUUCGUCCCAAGAAAGAGUUCGAGUUGCUUGACAAGAUACUCAGGUCUUCUAGAUUGUCUCCAGCUUGUAAGAUCACCCUUUUCUGA